GUUCUUUCGGUAAUUUCCGUUUUGAUUCGGUAAUUUCCGCUUGCUCUCCUUCCUGUGUUGAUACCCCGUCCCCAGUAAAGGCACUCGGAGGCCAUUAUCCUGCUACCAUUUUCUUUUCUUUCAUACCCGAAGAAAAAACACCGUUUUAAUAAAUGACUUAUUUAUUCGUGCAAGUUGACUAAGCGCUCGCUGGACACCUGCAGCUUUACAAAUCGCGAGGGACGCGCGCCUCGCCUCGUCAAUCCUUCGGAAAAUUUCGGCUGCUUUCGUGCGCCGCUGUUGUGAAAUGGACGCGACUGAACCGGCGGCGAAAGCGCUGGAGCUGGGCGACGCGUCUGCGGGAGAGGCGGCGGGUUCGGAUACCGAAUCGGAGGCCGAAGUCGCCACGAUGACUGUGAUGGGAGAAGCGGCAAACAUCGACAUCACCGAGUCUCUACCGAACCCCGACGACGAGACCGCGUUUGCAGAGGUGACAGCCGUCACUGUUGGGGACGUCCAGAGUUCAGAUGACACUGUGUUCACCUCCACAGUAGCCACAGCAACGUCCAUCCCUGAACACGUGCUCACAGGCAGAACCACGCUUCAGAUCGGAGACAGUCUGAGUACCCAGAAGGCCACACUGAUCGUGGUGCACACGGAUGGGAGCAUCGUAGACGCCACAGGGCUGAAGGGCACCGCGACACCUAUGACACCUGGCCCUCAAACCCCGAGCACCCCUCUGACGUCUGGACAUGAUAAGGACGUCUCUAAGUACAACUGGGAUCCGUCGGUUUAUGACAACGAGCUUCCGGUGCGCUGCAGGAACACCAGCGGGAUUCUGUACAAAAGCAGACUGGGCUCAGGGGGCAAAGGGCGCUGUAUCAAACACAACAAUAACUGGUACACCCCGACUGAGUUUGAGGGCAUGUCAGGGAGAGCGAGCAGCAAAGACUGGAAGAGAAGCAUCCGCUACGCUGGCCGACCUCUACAGUGUCUCAUUCAGGAGCGUAUCCUGAACCCUCAUGCAGCGUCCUGUACGUGUGCGGCCUGCUGUGAUGAUCUGUCAACAUGCACGAAGGACGGAUCUUUCGGAGGAGAGAACAUCACCAUGACGGGCCCCGUCAGACUGUUCGUCCCUUAUAAACGAAGGAAGAAGGACAGCGAGCGGGCAGCUUCUCCUGAGAAGAAGGAAGUUCAGUCUCCAAAGAACAUCACCCUGGGUCCUGGAGCAACAUUUACAGUGACUCCGUCCGGACAGAUCACCACAUCAGGCACGCUGACCUUUGACCGAACGGCAACAGGAGAGACGGCGGCCAUCAUCUCCGACAGCCCAGCGCCUGCUGACGUCUUCACCAACACAACUGUGUUGACCACCCUUCCUGCGCUGGCGGUGGUCCCUCAGCAGGCCGUGGUGCAGUCUAAACCCUCUCCGGCGGGGCCGCUCAUGAACGGGCUGGAGACGGCCGAGCAGCGCACGUGGCUUUACCUGGAGGAGAUGGCCAAUACACUGCUCAACAACGUCCAGCAACUCAAAGUGCUCAUCGCACAGGCCAAACAAGCCAGUCAGAGCGGAGCGCAUGCCGCCAUCAGCCCAGACAAAAACAGCACCGUCAGGAAAGAGUCCUUUCAGAGUCAGCUGUCACUCAGUGAAGAACCUGAGGGGAAAAUCACUGAAAUUAUCAUUAAGCACACGUGUAUGAACUGCGGUCGAGAGGCGUCCAGUGAGUGUACGGGCUGCCAUAAAGUCCAUUACUGCUCUGGCUUCUGUCAGCGGAAGGACUGGAAGGAGCAUCAGCUGAGCUGCUGUCCGCCGGGCACGACUGUCAGCAUUCAGGAAGACGCUCAGAUGGCCGGUGUGGAGGUGGAGAAAGGGAAGGCCUAGCGUUCCCACCACAGGACCGCGACGUAUGAAGUCUAGAUGGGUGAUCGCUUCCGUUCAUGUGUUUUAGUUUAGCUAUAAAGCCUCGUGGUAGCAGCCCCCUUACACCCUGUGACAUAUAGGGCAUACAUGGAUGGCGUCUGUACUGAACCAUUUCAGCGGUUUCACCAUCUCACUAUGGAUUUUGUAUGUGAAUAUAAUCCUUAAAGCGGUAGUUCACCAAAAAUCAUUUACUCACCCUUAUGUUUUUCCAAGCCUGUAUGACUUUUUGAACACAAUGCGUUAUACCCGAGCUCACAAUUUCCAUAAAAUGAAGACAUAAAAUGAACAGUUUUUAAGCUCUUAAAUGGAAAAAUAAAAAACGUCAAAGUAAUCCACGUGACCUGAAAUUUAAGAUAAUCACGCCGUUGUAGGUCUCAAAUCUAUGAAAGCUUGUUUCCGGCACAAGAAAAAUAAAAUAAAAUGGGUAAUUGCUAUUUUUUGUUUAUAUCAAAAUUUUGACUUUUCUCUCGCAAUUCUGACAAAAAAUUGGGAAUGUGACAUAAACUUGCAAUUGAGAGAAAAAAAUCAAAAUAGUAAGAUAAAAAGUUGCAAUUACCUGUUUUUUUACCAUGAUGGAAAAAAAGCAAUUGAGCAAUUCAGACUUUUUUUUCUUCAUAAUUCUAACUUUUUUCUUGAAAAUACGAAUUUAUCUCACAAUUCUUUUUUUUUUUUUUUUCUUUUAGAAUUGCAAGAAAAGAGUCAGAAAUGUGAGAUUAAAAAUCGCAAUUACUAUAUUCUUUUAGUUACAUACGAAAAAAAAAAAACUGAAUUGCGAGAUCAGUCAGAAUUGUGAGAAAAAAUUCAGAAUUUAUAUCUCACAAUUCUGACUUUUUUCUCAGAAUUGUGGGUUUCUAAAAAAAUGUCUGAAUCGGAGAUAAAAAGUCACAAUUACCUUUUUUAUUUUUUAACCCAUGGUGGAAACAAGCUUGCAUAUAAAUCUCAUUCAUGCAUACUAAUUUUUAAAAAUUUCCCCCCCCCAAAUUUUUUUGAGCUAGUCACACAAAGAGCAGCUCAAAACAUAUUAUUUUGUGUCCCACGGGAGAAAGUCAGUCAAACAGGUCUGGAACACCAUGAAGUUGAGUAAAUGAUGACAGAAGUGUUUUUUUCUUGUUUUUUUUAGGUGAAUACUCCUUUAAUUGGACAAUAAUAUAUUUUCAGAAACUAAAUCUAAUGAAGGAUUACAUUUUUACAGUGUUUUCAAAACAAAACAAAAAUAAAUGGGAAACUUUGAGUUUUUUCAUGCCUCUUUAUUCAAUGGAUUUUGGAUUUGUGGCCACACACACGUAAAGUGCAUUAUCAUGAUAACGUUUUUUAAUGGAUAUGACACAUUGUAGAGAUUAGCUGAGUUUUUAAGCCACACAUCUGACCCAUGCGAAAUAAUCCAGACCUAAAGUUAUGCCAACGUGAACUUGCAAUAAUCAAAGGACAGAAACCUUACCAGAUUUCACAUUCAAAAUUCCCUGUUGUUCACCUAAAGAAGUCACAUUGUACACUUUCUGCAUAAUCCAAUUAUUAGUCAAGGGUUUUUGCACUCGAUAAUAAUUGAACUUUUCAUGACCGCUUACCACUCUAUUUCUGAACAGGCCAUUUUGCUAAUGUAGCUGAAUGACCUCUAUAUGUGAAAUGAGUAUUUAUAAGCCAACAUCGGCCUCUAAAACAAAACUGCUUUACAUUGU